AUGUACCUCUUUUUCUGCCUACAGGCCAGCCAUGUGUUCUCCAGCUUCAAGAAGGGUGUCCACUUUGUGUCUCUUGAACACUGGGUCCGGAAUCUGUCCUUGUCUGAGCGGUAUCAGGUCUACCUGUCCAACUCCACAUCAGCUGGGCCGAGUGAGGAGACCACGAACAGCUCGGUGACCAGGGCCCAGCCUGUCGGGGUCGCUCUCCCAGAGCCAGAACCUGAGGAGGCUCUGGGUCUGAGUCGCCUGCCUCCGGAGCUGCUCCUGAUGCUGCUGAGCCACGUGCCCCCACGCACGCUAAUCCGACACUGCCGCCGGGUGUGCCGGCGCUGGCGCGCCCUGGUGGACUGCCAGGCCCUGUGGCUGAUCAUCCUGGCCCGGGACCACCGCGCCCUGUGGCCUAUCACCCAAAGCUGGCUGCCAUCCGCCCGCAACGAUGCCAAUCCCUGCAUCCUGGGCCGCUUCUGUGAGUGCAGACCGAUAGGACGCAACCUCAUCCAGAACCCAAAGGGGGAAGAAGGCUUCCUGAAAUGGACAGUGCUGAGCAGUGAGGAUGGCUGGGCAGAGGAGGAUGAAGACUUGAAGCUCAUACCUAGGGGCUGUAUGCUGACCAGCUUCCAGUCUGCCUACUGGUGGUAUCACAAGAAGCAAGUGGUGGACCUGGAGGAGGAGGGUCUGUGGCCAGAGCUCCUGGAUAGCGGCAAGUUGGAGAUUUGUAUCUCUGACUGGCGGAAUGACCAACAAGGCACUGACUGUAUAUAUCAGCUACGUGUCCAGCUUCUAGAUGCCGAAAAAGCCAUUCUGGAUCAUUUCUCUCCUGUGCCUUUUCCCAUCCUGAAAUGGAUAAACAGUGUCUCCUCUCAGGUCAGUCAUGUGUUCUCCAACCUCAAGAAGGGCGUCCGCUUCGUGUCCUUUGAACAGUGGGUCUGGAACUUGGAAUUAGGGAAGGAGCAACAUGGACUCUCUCUGACCAACUCCAGUGUGAUCGUGCGGGUCCGUCCAUCCUAG